AUGUCUCUUCCUCCAUUUACACCCGCUCCACCUACCAAGGAGAAGUUGGAUUAUGUCAAACUCGUGAACCUCGACUUAUCCAAGUUUGAGACCCAAACUGGCCGACAAGAACUUGCAAAGGACCUCUAUGAAGCCGCGACUGGUUAUGGCUUUCUCACUCUGAGCAAUCAUGGCAUUUCCGAUCAGGUUUACGCUCGCCAAAUGCAGAUAGCAAACGCCAUGAUGACCCUCCCGGCGGAAGAGAAGGCGCCUUAUGAAGUAACUCCCGAGGAAGACGCACGGGGACUGUAUGUUGGAUACAAACCUGCUGGUCCCUUGGGACGUAAGGGAGGCUUCCCUAAACAGCUGGACCAUUACAACAUUCUGAUUAUGCGACCGUAUUUGCAGGAGACGCAGGAAGUGAUGCAAUUCAUUCGAAUCAACAUCCUCAGGAAACUUCUGACUUUGGUUGCUAUGAUCUUGGAGGUCCCUGAAGAGAUAAUUCAGUCAACACAUGCACCCGGGGGUUCCAAGACCGAGUACAUCAGAUACAUGAUGUGCGAGCCGCGGUCGAAGGAAGAAAGCGAGAAGUACCGCGAUAUCUUCCUCUCGGGGCACACUGAUCUGGGGACAUGGACCUUUCUAUUCUCGCAACCCAUAGCGGCACUUCAGGUUCUUGACCAUAAUGAUGGGAAGUAUCGCUGGGUCGAGCACCAGCCUCAUGGCCUGGUCGUUAACUUCGGCGAUGCCCUUGCUCGACUGACCGGAGGCCUGUUCAAGGCUACUAUCCAUAGAGUUGUUCAGCCUCCCGAGGAUCAACGCCAUCUUCGUCGAAUCGGAGUCAUCUACUUUUCACGUCCGGCUGACGAGCGAGAACUCGUGCCCAUCGAAGGCUCCCCUCUCCUUCAGCGAAUUGGUCGCGAUAAGCCUAUUGAUGAGCAGGUAUUCUGUAUGGCGGAUUUUCUAGACGCUCGGAAACAUGGGUUUAAGCGUUAUGAGUAUGAUCUUGAUCGUCCGCGAGACACUCAAAAACACGCCGACUUCUUUGCUGGCGAAUAUCCUGAUCCCGAAGGCCAUCAGAGCCUGGGUAAAUUCGACAACGUUCCUCGGGAGGUUUAUGUACCCUCUUUGAAGGCUAGCUAG